UUGACCAAUUACCAAGCAAUUCCAAGUCAACAUGGCAACAAGUACGCAAAAACCAUGUAAAACAUGGCGUAAACUAGGCGUCUAAAAUAACAUAUUUUACGUAUCAUCAAAUAAACCCACUCUUGUCCCCAAGCAAACCAUGCUAAAAAUUGUAUAACUCAAUAGAGCUCCACGAUACACGUAACUUUUGAUCAUAUGUAGUGGUUCAUAAGUAGCUUACAAGGUCAACCAUCGCUUGUUGAUAACUAAACCACGUAGUGAGGCAUAUAUCUCAUAAGGAAAUUUUGGCCAACCUCCAUCAAUCAUGAACAAUUAUUUAUGCUCGAGAAUUUGAAAGAACAUACAGGGUGAAGCUUUUGCAAACAUUGUUUUUACUUUUAAGCAUAUCUCUACCUUUGUUUAACAAUGAAACUCUCUUUCGAACUGCUUGCCAUUUUUGCACUUUUGUUUCUUACUAGUGUGAUCAAGUGAGUUUUGUUUCUUACUAGUGUGAUCAAGUGAAAGCAAUUGUUAUGCCUUAGCACUCGCAUAAGAGAUUCGUUUAACUCUUUAUCCUUGAUCCAUGUGGAUGGGAAAUGCUAUAGAGGGGUGUUGUAAGCUAUAUUUGUGCCCUUUAAGGACAAUUCUCAAAUGGCGUCUCACUUGGUUGGGGAUUGUACUAGAUCAACAACAUCAUACAGUUGCGAAAACAAUGCUCAUUUGAAAUAUUCCUAUGCCCCCUUGUGUAAUGAGCGAUUCCUCACAUGUUGGCCUUAUUUUACCCCCACUUUAUUUGUUAUGGAAACUUUCUUUAUUCCACUUUUCAGGUAUUCAUGCAUAAAGAUACAGUUCACCUCAUUGAAAAUUUUUAAAGCAUUGGGAUUUGGGGCUCAUUGGCAUAUUUUAAAAGCUCACAAAGGAUAGUGGCAGACACAAUAUCCAGACAUAUUGAAUGGUUCUUUACUCUCAUGACUAUGACAUCCUUCAUAGCCACUGCACUAACCUCCUAUAUCAUGCAUCAAUGUAGAGACUAGCAAUUCAAAACAAGCUGAGCAUAGAAAUAUAAAAGAGAGUCUGGCAUUAUUGAAUAUAUAUUGAAAUAUUUUGCAUAUACCACCCCAACAUAUGGAAGGUAGAAGCAUGCAGAGAAAUCUAAUAAACCCCACCCCACACUUUAAAUUGGACAAUAGCCUUAUUGACCCAGACAAAGGAGUAUGGGAGAUCAGAAUGAGCGUACAUCAAUUGUUGUUAGAAUCCAUGCAUACUAGACUAGUUUGUAGUCCAUUCUUGAUACUUUUAAAGGGAAAUAAAGAAAAGAGAAAUCAGAGAAAACAAGUGUUUUGUCCCCUCAACAAAAGACACCACCACCAAAAUGAUUGGUUAAGAGAGUAUGGUGGCUCAAAAGUUGCAAGAGCUCUAUUCCAGAUGGGUCCAAUAAAAGCGACUGGGUCUAAUGGUUAUCCAACAUGUUUCUUUCAUAAGAAUUGAAAUGUCAUCGGCCCUAAAAUCACCAGUGUCAUCCUAGGAUUUCUGGGAUAAGGAAUCUUACCUGUCGAGCUUAAUCAUAUGCUUAUUAUUCUAAUUUCUAAGGUUAAAAACCAAUGUACUGAAGGAAUUUAGACUGACAAGCUUAUGUAGAUUUUUGUACAAGUUGGUAUCAAAGGUAUUAGCUACUAGACUCAAAGUGAUUAUGUCGAACAUCGUUUUUUAGGCAUAAAGUGCCUUUGUGCUUGGACGAGAGAUCACAAAUAAUAUUAUAAAGUUGAAAGUUUCACCCACAUGAAGAAGUGCUGCAAUAUUAAGAAGGGUUUCUUUGAUGCCAAACUAGAUAUGGCAAAAUCAUAUGAUAAAGUUGAUUGGGAUUUUCUGGAGAAAGCAAUGAGGAAAAUGUGUUUUAAAGAAAGAUGGAUAGAUCUUAUGAAGAUGUAUUACAUGGCGAUCUCCUACUCAACAUUAGUCAAUAGACAAAGAUCUAUUGAUUUUAAUCCUUCUAGGGGACUUAGGCAGGGACCCUCUAUCCACCUACCUAUUCCUCAUAAGUGUUUAAGGUUUUCGGCCUUGUUGAAGUAGGCUUUAUCGGAAGCCAAGUGGAGAAAAAUAUAGAAAAGCAAAUUCAGAGUGGCCGUCCUAUGGAUUGAUUGAAAUUCAGUACCACGACCGCUGUGAUUGCAGUUGGGUAAGCAAUAUUCGGAGAAGAAACCUUGAACGAGGCUGUUUUGAGAGAGGUGAUGGCCUCAACCGUCUGGAUUGGCUCUGCUAUGUGUUUAAAUUUUUUCCAGAAGCUAAACUGUAGAAAUUUAGUGAUAUCUUAUGGUUCUUUUGGAGAGAAUGAUGUAAUUAUAAUUUGAAAAACGCCAAAAUUGAGGAGGAUGAGAUAUCCAUCGGGCAAGAGGACAUGGACGAGAAUUCUUGGACGGAGGAGAGCAGCAACAUUCGCGCGGAGUACAAGCGAGAAACCCUUCGUUCGUCGACUGUUAUUUUGGGCAAUAAUUCUAGACGAUCAUUCGGAGAUCAGAGUUAGAGAAAUGGAUAACUUUGUUCGUAAUUCUUUUUCCUAUUUCAUGAAUUCUAAGAUGUUGAACCUAGAAUUAUUUGUUAGUUUGUUUAUAAUGAUGAUGAACUAAACCCUAAUUUAUGGGGGAAGACCGUAGGAUUUAGCUAUCAGAUUUUUAUGAUUUAAUUCAGAUUAUUUGUCUUUCUCAUUCAUAUUGUGUGUGGAUCCAUAAUGGUUUGUGUAGACUGACCACUGACAUAUUGAUUUCUUGUUCUAGGUUGAGACAAUGAGGAGAUAUCUAGGAUAGAACACUCUUACAUACGUCUUGACACCCAAUUGAGCACAAGAGUGGAAAGCGAGAGUUGUGUGAUCAUUAGAGAAGUUAUCUGACUUCAGACUAGUUAGUUAAUUAAUUGGUUGUACGAAAGUAAACAAUUGAUUGGAUAGCUAGUACGUAGUGAUUCUUCAGAGAGAUAGCUAUCACCUCAGAGAUAACUUCGGUCAUUUGAAUGAGAAUCAAAUUUAUUAACAAAUGAAUUGAAUCGGGUAAUUGGGUAGUGAAUUCCAAUUCUUCUUUCCCCCAGAGCUUCUCUCCAUUGAUUUUUCUCCAAGUUAAUCUCCGACUUGUUUUUUAGUUUAGUUAUUUCUUUUAAUUUGUUACCACCUGAAUACUUUUGUUCUCCUUAAUUCUGACCGUCAAAUAUAGAUUUGUACCAAUCCCAGUGGAAUGAUAAUUUACUUAUCUUUAUUACUCGAUUGAUAAAGUGCAUAUACACUUUUGUCGCAUCAAUAGCCGAAGGCAGACAACAAAGGAAAUUUUCUCUAUUGGUUGAAAGAUUCUUGAAGAAGAACAACAAGAUUCUCUGUUGUGAAUAAUUCCUUCUCUCCAUCUUUAUUUUCCCUUUCUCUCUUUCGUGAGAUAAAAUAUCUUGUACUUGGAGAAGAUAAACCCUAACUUCUAGUAUGUGAUUGCGAUUGUUUAGAUCAAUUAUGCAAGAAGCCUAAUUCUGUUUAGACUAUUUGUAUUUUUAUAUAUUGCCAAUUGUUGGCCUUUAUCAAGUUAAUAAUUGUUAUGUUUUUGGCUUGUGAGGGUACUCAACUAAUUAGGUCAAGGUUUAAAAUCACACCAAGUAGUAUAAGCUUACAAUUGCAUGCCCAUUGAGUUGCAGUUUCAUUUUCAUUUGGGGUACAACCCAUUUGAAGAAUGUAGGCUUAAUGUUCUAGGUUAUCGAUUGGGUGCAUGCUUAUCGAGCCCAUUAGUAAGUCUGGAAGUGUAAUUGAGUGUAUGAUCAUUAACUUAAUUGUUAUAUUAUUUAUUCUUAACAACAUAAGAGAAUAUGGGAUAUUCCAUGAGAGUUCCAUUCAUUUUUAUCACACAUUUGUUUUUUAGGGAAUUUGAUCCCAAGUACCUUCUCAAUCUUUGAAGUAACAUUGCUUGCUAGCUUAGUGUAAAUUGAACCCCUUAAUUGAUUGACUAAAUAGUAGUAUAGCAU